AUGGCGCCCCCACAGCUCGCGACCGCGCAAUCGACGCCGCAUGACCCCGUGUCCAUGGGCGAGUACGUCAUGUCGCCGACGCACCAGAUCAGUCCCGAGUCGCUGCCACUCUUUGCGACAGCGCCGCCGUCGCCGCUUGCCAUCAAGGACUACAAGGGCACGGGCACCGUGCUGGGCUCGGUCUUUACGCUCACCAACACGAUCCUUGGCUCGGGCACGCUCGCAGUGCCGUUUGCGAUCGCGUCGAGCGGGUGGCUCGCGGGCCUGCUCGUAAUGGUAGUCAUUGCGCUCAUCACGCGCUACUCGGUGUCGCUCCUCAUGCGUGCGAGCGACCUCGCCGGCGACUCGGCCGCCAAGACGUACGAGAGUCUCGGGCACCACACCAUGGGCAAGUACGGCACGUACCUCGCCGAGUUUACCUUUAUCUUUGGCGGCUUUGGCACGCUCACGUCCUACUUUAUCUUCAUCACCGACCUCCUCUGUGCCAUCUUUGGCGUUGCGCAUGCGAACCGGGGCUACGUCACGCUGCUCUUUACAUUUGGCAUCAUUUUGCCGCUCUCGCUCAGCCGCCGCCUCGGGAAGCUGCGCAUCUCGAGCAUCCUCGCGACGUGCGCCGUCACAUACGUCGUGUGCCUCUUCUUCGCCGUCUACGUCGUCGUGUCGUCGUCGGCGUCUUUUACGCCGGUGGCUGUGCCCGCGGUGAACAUUACAUCGACGUCGGUCUACACGGUGACGCUGCUCAUCCAGGCCUUUGCGUGCCACAACACGGCGCUGCCCGUGUACGAAGAGCUCCGCGACCGCAGCCUUGCCCGCAUGAACCGCGCGGUCGUCGGCGCCAUCUCGCUCUCGUUCCUGCUCUACACGGUGAUUGGAUUCUGCGGCCAGCUCCCGAGCUCGGUCGCGUCCACAACGGUGUACCGCACGACAACGCUUGUACUGGUGGUGCUCAUCCUCAGCGCUGCCUUGUUUGUCCCGAGCGUCAAAAUUCCGCUGAGCAUCGUGGGCUCGGUCGCGGGCUCGCUCAUCAUCUUUAUCAUGCCGUCGCUCUUCUACAUGCUGCAGCAGGACGACCGUCCGCUGCUCUCGUGGCGCAACCUCGGGCCGCUGCUCAUGCUCGGCACCGGCAUCUGCGUCGGUGUUCUCUGCUUUAGCAUGACCAUGUACAAGCUCCGGCGCGAGUUCUUCCCGUAA